AGGACGGCUUUCAGGGGGACUGUCUUUGUUAUAAAAAAUAAAAAGGGAUAUAAGAGGUUUCACACAAACCCCGUGUGUCCCGCCAAGUGCCGGGCAGGGAAAGUGGGAGGCCUGGGGCGAGGGGGGAAGGGCGCGAGAAGUGGGUUGGGUGACAAGGUGGAAGGGCAGGGCCGGCCGAGGGAUCGGGAGUUGGCCGGCGGGCUGCGCCAGGGGCAGGUGCCAGCCGAGAGCGGGCGGAGGUGCGGGCGCCAGGCCCGGCGGGGGAGGCCGGCGCUGCCUCCGCCUCUGGGAGUCGGGCGCGCAGGCCGGCUCGUCCCGGGCAGCCGGGGACACCGGCGUCCCCGCCACCGCAGCCGCGGAGCGCCAGCAUCCUCCGGAGAGGCGCCCCGGGCUCCGCCGCCGCCUUCCUCCCGCCGGGAGCGAGCGCCGCCGCCCGCUCCGACCCUCCACCUGCCGCGGGCUCCUGGGCGGGCGGCGCGGGGAACAGGAACAGCCCCUGGUCUCCACUCCGCGCGGAGAAGGGGCGCCCGCCAGCGCCGCGAGCACCCGCGCUCCCCGAGUCCAGAGGCGACACCCCUUCAAGGGGCCGCUCCGCGCGGUGCGCACUGCGGCCCCAGCGACCCCGGCCGGCCCGCGAGACUCCGGGCGGCCUUCCCCGCCCCGCGCCCGCCCGGCUCCCCGGAGACCGACCGCGCGCCCCGGCCGGCCAUGCCCGGGCUGCGCCGGGGCCGCCUGCUGACCCUGCUGCUGCUGGGCGCGCUGCUCUCCGCCGACCUCUACUUCCACCUCUGGCCCCAGGUGCGCCGCCGGCUGCGGCCACGGCAGCGGCCGCGGGGCUGCCCGUGCGCCGGCCGCGCCUCCGCGCCGGCCCCGGACCCCCGCGCGGCCGCGCACAACUUUUCCCGAGCCGGGCCCGGGACGGCGCGGGACAGCGGCGGCCGCCGCGGCCCCGGCUCCGGGCUGCAGGCCCUCUUCGCCCACCCGCUGUACGACGGCCCGGAGGAGCCGCCUCGCCGCGGGCCCGAGGACGCGCUGCUGGCCGGCCCGGAGGCGCUGCGGUACUACCGGAGGAAGGUGGCCCGCUGGAACAGACGACGCAAGAUGUACAAAGAACAAAUGAACCUCACUUCCCUGGAUCCCCCACUGCAGCUCCAGCUUGAGGCCAGCUGGGUCCAGUUCCACCUGGGGAUCAACCGCCAUGGGCUGUACCCCCGGUCCAGCCCUGUCGUCAGCAAACUGCUCCACGACAUGAGGCACCUCCCCACCAUCAGUGCUGAUUACAGUCAGGACGAGAAAGCCUUGCUUGGGGCGUGUGACUGCUCCCAGAUUGUGAAACCCAGUGGGGUCCACCUCAAGCUGGUUCUCAGGUUCUCAGACUUCGGGAAGGCCAUGUUCAAACCCAUGAGACAGCAGCGAGAUGAAGAGACGCCCGCGGACUUCUUCUAUUUCAUUGACUUUCAGAGACACAACGCUGAGAUUGCAGCUUUCCAUCUGGACAGGAUUCUGGACUUUCGACGAGUGCCGCCAACAGUGGGGAGGCUAGUCAAUGUCACCAAGGAGAUCCUAGAGGUCACCAAGAACGAAAUCCUGCAGAGUGUUUUCUUUAUCUCUCCAGCCAGCAACGUGUGCUUCUUUGCCAAGUGCCCCUACAUGUGCAAGACUGAAUACGCUGUCUGUGGCAACCCGCACCUGCUCGAGGGCUCCCUCUCUGCCUUCCUGCCGUCCCUCAACCUGGCCCCCAGGCUGUCUGUGCCCAACCCCUGGAUCCGCUCCUAUUCGCUGGCAGGAAAAGAGGAGUGGGAGGUCAAUCCACUCUACUGCAACACAGUGAGACAGAUCUACCCAUACAACGGCAGCGGGCGGCUCCUCAACGUCAUCGACAUGGCCAUCUUUGACUUCUUGAUAGGAAAUAUGGAUCGUCAUCAUUAUGAGAUGUUCACCAAAUUUGGGGAUGAUGGGUUCUUUAUUCAUCUUGACAAUGCCAGAGGGUUUGGGCAACACUCCCACGACGAGCUCUCCAUCCUCUCGCCACUGUCCCAGUGCUGCAGGAUAAAAAAGAAAACACUUUUGCACCUGCAGCUGCUGGCCCAAGCGGAGUACAGACUCAGCGACAUGAUGCGGGAGUCACUGCUAGGAGACCAGCUCAGCCCUGUCCUCACAGAGUCCCACCUCCUUGCCCUGGAUCGGAGACUCCAAAUCGUGCUGAGGACAGUGGAGGGAUGCAUAGAGGCCCAUGGAGAGCAGAGUGUCAUAGCCAAUGGCCCAGCAGAACAGUCAGCCCUACACUCCAGCCCAACUAACUUGACAAACUAGGACUGGACAAGUCAAACUGCUGGAGCCAGCAGUGGACUCCCAAGUGUGAACACUGCUCCUCACGUCCCCCAUCAAUACUGGGGUCUUGCGUCACGAGCUCAGGAAGCAGGUAGGAGGGCACUGGGAUGACUUUGAGCAAAAGAAGUGGGAUCCACUGAACUUUCUUCCUGGGUACACUGCUUCUCUAGUGGACCACCUCGGCUUCCUCUUGCCCAGAAAGCACUGCCUCCUCAAGGCCACAAACCACCUCCUGAGCCUGCUAGGGAAUCUGGAUACAGGUCAGGCUUGGAAGGUUUGGAAGCCUUGUCCCAGGACAGAGUAUUAACUGUAACAAAAUUAAAGGACAUCAAAUGGACACCAAACGGACCUCCAGACCCUUACUGUAUCUAAAUUCUGGAUCCAGAUAAAACACCUGGCAUCUCACAAGCAGACAAAAAAAAUCUAAAAAACAGUAACUCUCCAACUGGUUAAAAGUAGACUUCACACUUCCUAUUUAUACUCCAGUCACAGUGGCCCCAAUCUGAACAAUUCCCUCCUGGCCAGUCCUAAAGCAAUUCUCAGAAACUUAACAGAGAUUAAAUGUAACACAGGGAUUUGCUUGGAAUGUCACGAGAGAUUUCAACCUGUAUUUAAGUAUCAA